CAGCCUCAGCGUCGACGAUGGCUCAUUCGAAUACUGAUAGGUCGCAUGAUGGGCCAUGGCCAGUAACUUGAUCAGCCUGAGACAUUUGAGUCCAGCACGUCAUCAUGUUUUCAAUCAGCCUGGCCUAUAUAAAACCCCUCAACUUCAGUCGCCAGUCUCUCAUUCACUUUCUAUCUACUAACAGGUGCAGGUUGCCUUUCCACUACAAUUAUUUUCUCUCGCUUCAUUUUGACAAUGACUUUCACUAUGUCCCUUCGUCCUAAGACCUACACUGCUCGUUACCCACAAUGGAUGGUCGGGAGGCCUUUGCUCUAUAUGUCCUCCGCCCUUGCAUCUCUCGGCGACGCUAUGUUUGGCUAUGGCCAAGGCAGUAUCGCCUCAGCUCAGGUUCAGCCUUCUUUCAUCCUCCGAAUGUUUGGCAAGGAGGUCACCAUGGCGCAAAUCCAAGCUGGCCAGACCGGUGUGAACCCCUUCUUACAAGCGCUGCUGGCUUCAUUCAUCGCUGCCUACCUCUGUGAUCUUCUUGGCAGGCGGAUGUCUGUUCGUAUCGGAGGCGUCAUGUAUUUCAUUGCCGCUCUUAUUCAGCUCUUUGCUCCAAACCUCGGCGCCCUCAUCGCCGGCCGAUGUAUCCAGGGCCUAGGUGUCGGCAUACUUUCCAUGACUGUUCCGAUUUUGCAGUGCGAAAUCGCCCCCGCUCAUGCUCGCGGUCUCUUUGUCAGUAUCGAAUACAUCUGCCUCAAUAUCGGUUACGCUGUUUCCGCUUGGGUCGGAUAUGGCUUCUUCUUCGCCAUGCCUUCUGAGAUCUCAUGGCGUGGCCCCUACAUUGUACAGGCUGCUAUCGCAGCUGUUCUCAUCGUCUGGACGUUUUUCCUUCCCGAGACACCUCGUUGGCUGGCCCAGAAUGGCUUCCAGAAGGAGGCUUUGGUAACUCUCGCAGACUUGCACGGCGCUGGAAACGUCUCCGACCCCAAAAUUCUGGCUACCUACGCUGAGAUUGUCGGUGCUGUCGAGUACGAAGCUCACUUGGGUCAAGCUUCCUGGCGUCAACUCUUCACGCAAUACACUCGUCGAUGCAUCGUCGGCAUCACCUGCCAGAUGUUUGCUCAGCUCAACGGGAUCAAUGCCAUCUUGUACUUCUUACCAUCCAACCUCACCCGUGCUGGAUUCACGAUUUCCCGUUCCCUGCUCUACUCUGGUGCUUGCGCUCUGAUCUAUUGUUCUGGAACCAUUCCCGCGAUGUUUUUAAUCGACAAAUUCGGACGCCGGGUGUUCUUGCUCUUUGGAAGCUGUGCGCUGGCUGCGUCCCUUUCCAUUGUCGGUGGUCUCCAAUACUACGCGGACAGUCUUCCUCUGGGAUCUGCCCGAGUCUCUGCUGCCGACGCUAUCUUUUUUGGUGUUUGUCUGUACCUAUUCUUCUUCGGCGCCACCUGGGGUCCUGGCCCCUGGCUUCUUGGUGCUGAAAUUUUCCCUCUCCGCGCUCGCGCCAAGGGCAUGUCGCUCAGCACAUGCACCAACUGGUUGUUCAACUUCAUUAUCGCCUUCAUCACGCCCCCGCUUUUCGACGCUAUCAAGGCAGGGUACUACUUCGUCCUCGUCGGCUUCUGUAUCAUCUCUCUCCUCGUCGUCUGGUUCAUCUAUCCCGAAACCGCACACCAUACCCUGGAAGACCUUGGCGAGGUAUUCGGCGACAAGGUCAUGGACGAUGAAGGUCCUGCGCGCGAGAAGGCUCAGAGGAGUGCGAACGAGAUUCAACGGGAACGUUCGGGUUUGCCUGUCGCCACCGAUUCAGAGGUCACUCUUCAACCCAGCAUGUCUUCCAUCAUGCCAACGUCCAAGGAUGACGGUUCAAUUAUCAUGAAGGAAAGGUCUUCUGUUGCUACGAUGGAGUCGGACGUUUAG